AUGAAAUACCAAGUCACGCUGCAGAGCGCACUCGCGCUGCUCGUCGCAUGCACAUCCGCAGCACCACUCAAAGGGAUCGACCGCGAAACAAUCCAGGAUGAGUACGACUUCAUCAUCGCAGGAGGCGGCACCGCCGGCCUCGUGCUCGCCAACCGGCUGAGCGAAUCCGGCAAAAACCGGGUCCUCGUCCUCGAAGCGGGGCCGAACCCGGACGUCGUCUCCGCCUACAAGGCCCCCGGCGGCAACCAGUUCCUCGGCGGCACCGCCAUCGACUGGUCUUUCUACACCACGCCCCAGGAGCACCUCGACGGCCGCAUCCUGCGCUACCACCGCGGCCGCUGCCUCGGCGGCUCCUCCGUCACCAACGGCUUCUACUACGGCCGCGGCAGCGCCUCCGUCUACGACGACUGGGUCCGCGUCGGCAACCCCGGCUGGGGCUGGGCCGACGUCUACCCGCUCUUCAUCCGCGGCACCUCCUUCAACCCGCCCGACGACCACGCCGCCAAGGGGUUUGACGUCAGCUACAAGACCUGGGACCCCGCCGCGUACGCGGAUGGGCCGCUGCAGCUCGGCUUCCAGGGGUACGUCCCGCCGUCGGGGGUGGGCUUCAUCGAGGCCGCGGCGGAGGCGCUGCAGAUUCCGAUUGUGAAGGACUACAACACGGGGAAUAGCACCGGAGUGAAGCAGGGGACGGGACACCUGGACAGCAAGUUCCACCGCAGCUCGAGCUACGACUCGUACCUGAAGCAGGCCAUCGGCCGCAAGAACCUUGACGUGCUGUACUUCGCCCCCGUGUGGAAGAUCAACUUCGACACCACGGGAGCGAAACCCAAGGCCACGGGGGUCGCGUUCAUGGACCACCCCACCGGCAUCGUCUACGAGGUCUCCGCGAAGAAGGAGGUCAUCGUGAGCUCCGGCGCCUUCAACUCGCCCCAACUCCUCAUGGUCUCCGGCAUCGGCCCCUCCGCUCAGCUCUCCAAAUUCGGCAUCACGCCCGUUCACAUCAACGAGAACGUCGGCCAGCACCUCAACGACCACUCCGUCUUCUCCAUCAUGGCCCUCUCCACGCCCGAGUUCUCCACCACCGACAUGGCCGCCACCUUCGCCUCCCUGCGCGCCGCCCAGGACCAGUUCGCCGCCAACCUCACCGGCGAGUACACCGCGCCCUCGGGCAUCACCAACGCCUUCCAGCGCCUCUCCGCCGACGAACUGCGCGCCAUCGGCGCCGAGCCCAUUCUCGCCGCGGGGCUCGGCAAUCAGUCCCACAUCGAGUACCUCUUCGAGAGCGUCUUCUACCCCUCCGGCCCGACGCCGUACUACACGCCCAAAUCCAACGAGACGUACAUCAGCCUCACCGCGUCAAGCAUGGUCGCCCUGUCCCGCGGGAAUGUCACGCUGCGCUCGAACUCCAUGGCCGAGUUCCCCCUCAUCAACCCCAACUACUACGCCCACGGAACAGACCGCAAAAUCGCCCUCGCCUCCUUCAAAUACCUGCGCAAGAUCCUCGCCCACCCGCGCAUGUCCGCCUUCACCGUCGGGCCCGACCACGGCGAGGUCUCCCCCGGCGCGGCCGCCGUCGCCGAGGACGACGAGGACGCCGUGCUCGCGUACGUCCGCCAGAACACCAUCCCCAACUGGCACGCCUCGGGGACGAACCAGAUGCUCCCCGAGGCCGACGGCGGCGUCGUCGACCCGCGGCUGCGCGUGUACGGCGUCGACGGCCUGCGGGUGGUGGACUGCUCCAUCAUCCCGAUCCUGCCGGACGUUAAUAUUGUGGCGAGCGUGUACAUGGUUGGCGAGAAGGGGGCGGAUCUUAUCAGGGAGGAUUGGGGUGAUUUGUAA